AUGUCAUAAGUCCACGGGAGUUCGAUAUUGAACAAAGAAAAUCCUAACAAAGCUCCUGAUCAUUUAGGAUCCAAUGCCUUGACAGAUUUGCUAUCAUCUACAUUUUACACUGUGAUUGGCUAUGUUUGCUUAGAUAUUGUAUUUGGAAUCAGUUUACAUUUUAUUGCUUAACAUAAUGAUCCAAAUGCAGUUGCAGGUUUAGGAUUAGCCUUUACAACAGUGAAUGUGUUACUAAUUCCUAUGGCUUUAGGUAAUUAUUAAUAGUGAAAAUAAAAGGAACAAAUUAAUCUUUGAAUGUUCAUUCAGCUUAAGCUUUGGGAGCUAAAAAGUCUAAGUUAGCUCAAAGUUAUUUUACAUUAACUAUAUUUAUUCAUUUAAUGUACUUUAUACCAUUUUCAAGUACUUGAAUUUAGUUAAUUAAAUAGUUAUCUUGAUUUUGAUUAAACCAUUAAUUGCUAAGACCAUUAAUGAAGAUGAUAGAGAUGCAACAUCAGAUUCAUCCCAGAUUUACUUAUAUUAUUUAUUACCAUCAACUUUAUUUGCCAUUUUAUAUGAAUGCAUGAAAAGCUUUAUGAUAGCAAAUAAAGUAAAAUUAUCAAUUAAAAAUCUAGGUCUUUGCAGUCUUUAUGUUUAUAUAAUUAGGUACAGCUAUUCUUCACAUAUUAUGGUGCUACUUAUUUAUAGAUUAUUUAAAUAUAGGAGGAGGUGUUGCAGGAGCAGGAUUAGCUAUUAUAUGUACAGAAGUUCUGAAUUGUGUAUUUUGUUUAAUAGUGAUUUGUGGAACUAAAUAUAAAAAGUAAGUCUUUAGUGAUUAUAAAUUUAAAUUUCCUUUAAGAAAAAAGGAAAAGAAACUAUUUGCAAGUUUUCUUAGAGGAUCAAUACCAAUUAUAGGACAUAUAUAUGCAGAUUAUUUUGUUUUCUUUUUAUUGAACUUUAUUGCAGUAGGAUUUGGUUCUGAUCAAUUAAAUGCUUAAUUGGCUUUAUCUAACACCUCAAAUUUUUAUUAUAAAUUUCCCAUCUCUCUAUCAUUAGCAUUGAUGACAUUUGUUGGUAAUGAAAUGGGUGCUAAGAAUAUAAAGAGAGCUAAAAGAUAUUCAUGGAUAGGACUCCUAUUAUAUAUUGGAUUUACUAUAAUAUUUUUAAGUGCAUUAACAGUUUUCAAAUAAACCUGGGCAGAAUUCUAUUCAGGUGGUAGAUAAGAAAUUACAGAUUUAAUAUUAGAAGUAUAUCCUAUUUUUGUAUUUGGAUUUUUUGUUAUUGAUGGAUUAUAAGGAACAUUGACUGGUAUUUUGAAAGGAAUAGAUAGAAAAGAUUUUGUAACCUAUUCUACAUUAUUUGUUUAUUAUUUAAUUGGUAUACCUUUAGUUGUGUAUUUUGCUUAUGAUUUGGGAUUAGGAUAAAAAGUAUAUGGAAUAUGGUUUGCUUUUGGUAUUGUCAAUGCAAUUCUAGCUAUUUUAUAUCUAAUUUUAACAUUUACAACAAAUUGGUCAAAUAUGAGUAAAUAAAUUUGUUAGAGAAUUGAAGAUCAACAUAAAAUGUAAAAUCUGAAUGAUUCUCUCAAUAAAGACUUUGAGGAAGACCCAGAAAACUUGAAGAAAAAGAGAAAAGUUAAAUCAUCUAAAGUUUAAGUAUUAUAAUAUUAUUAUCAAUUAAGUAAUCCAAAAAAAAGAAAGAAGAAAAUCAAGUUGAUUCUGUAGAAAAGAAACCAAAAAAAGAAAGAAAACAAAGAAGACCUGCCGAUGAUGAAUAAUAAUACAGUUUAUAAGCAACUGAGCCAACCAAAAUCACAAAAUAAGAGGUCGAUACAGUGCCAAUAAUGUCUUGACCUUUUAAAUUCCAAUAUUUAAGAAUAAAUAAUUAUUAUUAUUUUUUUCAAUGGGCAUUUGCUUAAAUAGUAAACCCCAAGUAAAAGAACCUUAGACAAAAAUAAAAAAAUGAAUACAGAACAACGAUUUUUACCUAAACCAAGUCGCAUUUUAGAUGUAAAUUAAAAAUAGAUCCCAAACAAAUUUAGAAGAUAAGCUACAUAAAGAAGAAUGUAAUGAAAUAAUUAAUUUGAUACUGACACUUUAGGAUUGUAUGGAUUAACUAAUUUAGGAAAUACAUGUUUUCUUAAUUCAGUAUCAUUAAUAUUUAUAUAGUCUAUCUAAGCCUUAUCAAAUACAUAGCCAUUAACUGAUUUUUUUAUGUCUUAACUUCAUAUAAAAGAAAUAAAUCCUGAUAAUCCUCUAUCAUCUUAAGGAAAUAUAGUUAAAUCAUUUGCUUAAUUGAUUAGACAAUUAUGGUAGAAAGUAGAUUAGUAUUCAUAUGAUGAUAUGAAAGUUUAAAAACCGACAUAAUUCAUUUCAACAAUAGAAAAUUAUAAUCCUGAUGCAUAUUUAUUGUUUAUUUUAAAAAUAGUGUUGAAGAAUUUAAAAGAUAAACUGUUGAAGGAAUUAAUAUCAGCUAAUAAAGAAAAACUAUCAAAAAUACAAUUGUAAUUAAAUAAACAAUUCUUAAUAUGCAAUCACAAUAAUCUAAUAGCAAUAUCUCUGAUAAUAAAAGAAAUAACAACAAUAAUUUUGCACCAUCUAUCUCAAGUUAAGCUUAAAAAAAAAUACUAUUUAGAAAAUAAACUAAGCAUUUUCAAAUUAUUAAAGCAUAAGAUUAACCAUCAUUCUAAUAAGAAUCUUUGA